AUGGAUAAUGUUAAAUUUUCAAUAGUUUUAAAUGAUGUGGAUUUGAAAAUUAAAAAUGUUGAUAAAGAUGAGGAUGAUUAUAGUCGACAAGAUGAAUAUAAGAGUUUUUUAAAUCAAGAUCCUGGUGAAUUGGAUCCAAAUACACCAUUACAUAUUUUCCCUCAAAAUUUUAUAAUUAAAAGUUUAAUUGAACUUUAUUUAUUAUAUUUUAGAUUUGUUGGGUUCAAAUUUUCAAAUUUAUCAAUAAAUUUUGAAAAAUUAGGCUUGAUAACAAAUAUUGAUCAUAUUUUUACAGAGAUUAAAGUUAAUCGUUCUAAAAAAAAGAGAAAUUUUGGUGCAACACUAAGACUUUUCCAUCAAUCAAUUAAUGGUAUUGAGAUAUUUGAUGCUUUCACAAUAGGUUGUAAUGGUGCUCUAGAUUUUAAAACUGGUGAACUUUCCAAAAUAAAUUUAGAUGUUGAAAUGAGAAAUUUAUCAAUUCCAAUAUUAUCGAUAAUUAAAACUUUACCUAAAAAGACAAAGCACAAGAAACAACAAUGGGAACCUGAAAGUGAUGAAUUCUGUUCUUAUUCCCUAGCUAAAAUGAAUAAAAAACUUUAUAUUUUUUGUUAUUUCAUUAAACUUAUUGAGAAAAUUGAUGUUGCUUUUCAAAAUAUGUCAAUUAAUGAAAUUCCAUUAGGUGAUAUGGAACAAAUUCAAUCAUCAAAUUAUGAACCUUUGGUGAAGUUUGAAUUAAAAAUUAAUGCAUUUGCCUUAACUUGUCAAAGAAUGUAUUUUGAUUCUCCAGGUUAUGGAUUAACAUAUACUUAUGAAGAUAAACCAUUUCAUUUGAUUUAUAAUUUUACAGAAAUUUGCUUUGCAAUGCAAUCCCCAAAACAAGAUGAAUAUAAACCAAUCCUCACGGUACCAGUUAUGAACUUUACUGGUUCUUCAAAUGUUUAUUUCCAAACUUUAGAAGCUUCCAAAAAUAAUACACAUUCAGAUGGGAAAUUAUUAAUAACUGGACAUUUAUCAGAUUUAAUAUUGGAUUUAUCUUCUGAUGAUGUGGCAAAUAUAGUACUAGCUGCUUUAGAUUUUUUGAAAGUAAAGAAAGAAUUUUUAUUUAAACAAGGUGUACCAACUUCUUCUGAAACUUCUAAUUCAAAAGUUCGUUCAAUGUUUUGGUUUGGUGCUUUCCCAAAAUUAUGGCCAAAAUUUGAUGUGAAAUUAAGUAUAGAAAAUCCAAUUAUCCUAGUGAAAAAUCCAAUUCUUGAUCAAUUUUAUAGAAUAUUGGUGUUAAGAUUUGCUUUAGUUUCUGUUCAAUUUAGAACUGAAAAAACUGUUGAUCAAGAUGAUAAUAUAAAUUUCUCAGCUUCACAAAUUAUAAAUCUUUCAAAUGCUAAAAUAAAAUUUAGAAAUACUCAUGAAAAAAUUGAUGUUGAAGUUUUAAAACUAGAAGGUAUUGAUUUAAAACAAACAAUUAACAUAUUACCUCAACUUUUGGUAACAACUUCACUAAUAUCAAAUUCCACCAUAUUAGAUGCAUCAGAUAUCAAUGUUUUACAUGGUAUAAACUCAUUAAUGAGUGACUUGUAUUGGAAAAUCAGACCACUUGUUGAUCAAUUCAAACUUGAUACUGGUGGUUAUUGUUUACCUGAAUCUAAACCUCCUGUUUCUCAACCAAAAACCUCUAAAUCUAAUGAUUAUAUAGGAGAAGAAUCAUUUGAUGAUAUUAUACCACCUUGGCUUUCACAUGUUGUUUUCAUAUCCAAUAAUACUGAAGUGCUCUUAGGUUCAAGAUCGUUAUUAAUACCCAAAGAGCUUGUGAAAAAUAUUGAUCCUUUAAGUGAAAAUGAUUUAAUUAAUGGUGAUUUAAGAAAAGUUGGAUUUUCUAUUGAGAAAUGGACAAUUGGGUUUAUAUCUCAAGCUGCUAAAACAGAUUAUGAUAGCUCAACAUCUUCUCCAUCUUCAUUAGAAGAUGAUGACAAAGGUUUAUUAGAUUCAUUAGCUGAAAAUGAAUCACUUAAAGAUAGUUGGAACUUGAAAAUUGAAUCUUCACAUAUCGUGGGGAAAAUUCAUUCAGAAAGCUCACAUAAAAAUAAUAAAUUGGUUGAAAAAUCAUUCAUGAAAAUUCCAUCUUCAGUUUUAACUGUGAAUCCAAAUCCUGAUAAUAAUAGUGUUUUAAUGAUUGAUUUCAGUCUCGGUAAAGUUGAUAUGUUUUAUUCUGUAAUCACACAUUUUAUAAUCAUUUCAAGUUUCCAUCUUUUAAGAAAUACCGUUCUUGAAUUUUUCCAAUAUAAAAAGAAUCCAGAAGUUGAAGCUAUUCCAUCAUGUGGACCACCAAAGAAGAAAAAAUCAGCAAAAGAUAUUUUGGAUAAAAUACAAUUCACAUUCAAUAUUGAUUAUUUAGAACUCAUAUUUGUUUUCCCAGAUAGAUUGAAGUUGAGAUUAGAAUUCAAUAAGCUGAAUGCCCUUUCAUUAUCCAAUAAGCCAAUAUUAAUAAAUUCACAUUACCUUCGUAUAUGUGCUGAAUCACCAACUACUGCUGGUUAUUGGGCUAGAAUUUUGACUGCAGUGAAUGGAUCAACAACUGUAAAUAUUGAAGAUAUACUUAAUAAGGAUAUAGAAAAAGUCUGGUUUGAUUUAUCUAAUGAAAGUUGUCAUUUAAUUAUUCCUCAUCAAUUUAUUAUUUAUAAAGUUUUUGAUAAUAUUUCAGUUUCUAUAAAGACUUUGAAACAAUUACAUUAUUCAUUGAAAAAUAAUACAGAUGAAAUUAUCAUAAAUCCUCAUGCAAAACCAGCUGAAAAGAUACCAAGAACUAGGCUUAAAUCAUCAAGAUUAUUUUUCAGUAUGGAUGAUGAUCCAUUUGAAGCUGAAUUGAAUAUGAUAUUCCAAGUUGGUUUAUCAGAACAAAAGAUGCGUUAUGAAAAAACCAAACUUUUCGAUGCUAGGCUGAGAGAAGAAAUACAAAAUAAUAGACAAAGAUCAACAAAAUCUAAUACAUUCCCUGUCAAUUUUAUUUCAAAUGAUGUUCAUAGUGAUUUGCCAACACUUUCAAAAAGAAAGAAAUUUCAAAAGUUUAAACCGCCAACUUUUUCAUCUAUUCAUCAUGCAGCUUCUAUGGAUGCAAUUUUCUCAAAUGGAAAACAAAAUGGUUCUGAAAAUGAUAGUAAUAACCAACAACAACAACAACAAUCACUAAAUUUCCAUAAAAUGUUUGAUGCUAAGGAGAAAGCUUUAGAGAAACUGUACAAACUUCGUGAAGGUUUCUCAAAAUCAUGGAUUGCUAGAAUUCGAGCUUUUAAAAAGAAUCAAGAACGAGAAUUUCAACAAAAUUUCAAAUUUUUAUGGGGAAAUUUAGAUUUAUCUCGUUUAUCUGAGGAUUUCAAUAGAAAAGUGUUAGAUUUUGUUACCGCUCCAUCAUUAUUUAGCUUGAUUUUAGAAGGUGUUGAUUUAAAAAUUGGUCCACCAUCUUAUGGAUAUGAAAAAAUACCUGAUUUCUUACAUGAUGUUGGUAAAGGUAAACCUAAAGAUAGUGAAUACUCAACUUUGAUACCUAUUCAUAUGGAUUUGAGAUUAGAUGAGUUAAGAUGUCAUUUGAGAGAUUAUCCUUUGCCAUUCAUUUACAUGCCUAAAGUUAAAGGUCCAGAAUCUGGUACAUUACCAGCUGUACAGAUACAUGGUGAUAUUGUUAUUGGUGAAAAUACCAUCAAGUCACAUAAAGAAGUCAGAGAAGUUUUUGUUCCAUUGGUUCCAGGUUGUAAUGAAUUUGAUAAAGAUGAUCGUUAUUCUAUUGAGAUUCCAAAAACUCUGACAUCUAUCAAAUUUUAUACAAUGCUGGAUUUAGAUUUGAACUCAUCAGAUACCACAAAAGUUACAUGGGGUACAUCAUAUCAACCAUGUAUUCAACAAAUCAUGUUGAAUCUUGAUAAUUUCACAAAACCACCUAUUGAUCCUUCUGAUAAAGUUGGAUUUUGGGAUAAGAUAAGAGCUAAUUUCCAUGCAAGAAUGAAAUUGAAUUGGAAUAGAGGUGGUAGAUUUGAUGUGUUGUUCAAAGGUACAAAGAACCCUUAUGAUAUAUGUGGUAAAGCUGCUGGUUUCAUUCUUGGUUUCAAAGAUGAUGUUGUUGUCAAUAUUAAUGAGAAAGAUGAUCCUCGAGAGUUCUUAGCUACUACUGCUCAAGAGUUGAUCUUUGCUGUCCCUAAUCAUAUUGCAGAACCUUUGUUAGUUUGGUCAAGAGAAACUGAGAAAUCUGUUUUCCUUGCUAACCAGAACACCAACUAUCAAAGCUCUACUUAUGGUUUCUAUUUUGGCAAUGAUGAAAUCCCAGAUGAAGCAGAAGUUGAAAUAAUGACUGAGCAUUAUUUGGAAAAAGUUGCAAUAAGAUUAUCUGGUGGUGUUAAAUUCAAUCUAGCACUUGCUUUUGAAAGAAAGACUGAUGAUGGUAAUGAUAGAACCAGUAAUUUUAUUUCACAUGAUGAAAUCACGUUGGUGAACCCUAAAUAUGUUGAAGAUAGAGAUGCUUAUGAUGCUUAUCAUCAUUUCAGAAGUCAUUUCAUUCAUAUGGGUAUUACUUUGAUAUCAGAAAGUGAUAUUGCAUACAACACUAUUCAGUUAACCCCAGCUACUUUCCAACAUUUCUUUGCGUUCUGGCGUAUGUUUUCAAAUACAUUCCCUGUACGUCAUGGUAAAUUAUUUGGUCCAGAGAAACCUACCAAGAAGUUUGCUCGUCAUUUGUUCACUAUUAAGUAUAAAGCUAUUGCAAAUCCAUUAUUCAUUUCACAUGUAUAUCAUGAUCAUGAAUCUGAUUCUCAAGACCAAGAUAAAUUUGCAUCAGUUGGUAUGAAAGCUCGUGCAUCUCAAUUUACUCUAGAUCUACAUCAGCGUAAAGAAUUAUCAUAUGAACAUAACCAACAAUUAGGUGUCACCAAAAAAAUUAUGAAAAUGGGGUUCAAUAGUGGUAGUAUUAGUAUGUCAGAUUUGGAUUUGAGAACUAUACAUGGUAAAUUCGAGUUGAAUAAAGAUUUGACUAUGGCUAAAAGAAGAGCUUCUGGUUACAAAAUGGAAGAUAACCAUGAGGUUGAGGUUAUGGAUGGUGACAAGUCUUGGUUUGAUAUUCAUGAUUUUACAGAGAUUGGUACUGCAACUUUGGAUGGGUUCAAGAGUAAAGUUAUGAUACAUCCUCUAAUGUAUACACCAAGUUUUAUGUAUUACAAGAAAAAUGAUCACGGGGAUAAAUAUCAAAUAAAUUUUGAUACUGGUAAAAGAACAAGACCUUUUGGGGAUGAAAGCUUCCAUGAAUGUCUAGUUCAUGAAAAUAACUCGGCUAUAGUUCAACAAGAAUCUCUAGCUGAAAGACUUGAACAGCUAAGAUCUAAGAGAAAUGAAAAAGUACAGGAUAUUGAGAAGUUGAACAAUGUAUCAUCACAUACUCCAGAAAUUAGACGCCAAAUUGAUCAAAUGCGUAUCGAAAUCAAAAGGUUAGAACAUGGAUUAAAAUUUGUUCAAGAUAUUGCAUUAGCAUAUCAGUCGAGAUCUCCUGAUGAUAUAGUUGAGAACUCAUCUUUUGAUUUCUUUGUUAAUGAUGAUUUUGAUAAAUCUCCUUUCAAAAACAAAUUUAUUAUACACAAUAUGUUGUUGAAAUGGAAUGAUAGUAAUAGGGAUGUUGUUUAUAAGUAUGUCUACUUGUUUGAAUUAAGACAAGAAAUAUCAAGAUAUAUGCAACAUAGAUCAAUGGGUCAAAUUGAUGAUAUUAUUGAAACACAAGAGCGUCGUGCAAAUGGCACAGGGGUAUCAAGAUCCGGUACGCAUGUGACACAAGCCACGUAUGAAUCUCAAAAUGGUGUUGACAAUGAUCAUGGACAUGGAUAUAGCAAAAGUAUUGCAGAAACUCGUGCUUCAGAAAAAUUGAAAAAUUUUGAAGAUGAAUUGUAUAAUUUAUCAUUUGAUCUAUCAUGCAUUGUUCAAGAAAAUUUCUUACUCAAGUUUAUUACUCCACAAAUUCAAUUACAAAGUGAAAGUAAUAAAAAUUCAGCUGUUUUAGUCGUAUCUCCAAAUAUUGAAUUGAAAGUUUUGGCAUUUGAUGUUAAUGAAACUGAUAAUGAAUAUCAUGAAAAUAUAAUUGAGAAAAGAUUUGGUGCUAUCCUUACUGAUGCAAGUGCAUUUGUGUUUUAUGCUGAUGACAAAACGAUUAGAGAUAAUUUAUUCUUUAGUAAUUCAACUUAUGGAUCUGAAAAGGCAUGGCCACCUUGGUUAGGUGUUGAAUUAUGUUAUGAUGGAUCAGCAUUGAAAAAUAAUAUGUUGAUUGAGAAAAAUUCAAUUAUUGUUAGAUAUGAUAAACCAGAUGAUUCGUUUUUUGCAAAUGAGAGGGAUAAUAGUAUCAAUAAAUUAAGUUGUGAUUUAUCUGAAGCUAUUUUCAGAUGUGAUGCAAGACAAUAUUAUUCAUUAUAUAAUAUGAUUAUGAAUUUGUUAAUUUAUAAUGAACCAAGAAAUCAAAAAUUAAAGGAACGUGAAGCUAAAAUGUUGUUAAGAUUAGAUGUUAAUGACAUUUCAAACUUAAAGGAUCGUAUUGUUAGCUUACAAGAUUCAAUUAGACAAAUGACUAUGAUUCAAAAUAAUUUGAAUGGUAGAAGAACAAUAUUGGAUGAUGUUGAAAGAAAUGAUUUACUUGUUGUUACAAAUCAAAAAGCUGAUGCUGUUAUAGAAGUUUAUUUAUUGAUGCGUGUUGCUUUAAUGGGUGGUCGUCAAUCUAAGACAUCUGAUGAUUAUCUUGAAUGGAAUAUUAGAGCAGAUGAUAUUAAAUUACAUAUGCUUGAUGAAGAUAGAUUACCAUUCUUGGAUGCAAUUUUAACAAACUCACAUUUUAAAAGAGUUGAAGGUUCAGAUCGUUCAGAUAGUAAUUUUGUUUCAAUUGAACGUGUCGAAUUACUGAAUUUAGAAGAUCGUGCAGAAUUACCUAUUCUAUUUGCCCCAUAUGAUAUUCAUAAAAAAUCAUAUAAACAACAUCCAAAGGGUAAAAAUUCAAAAUCUAAAGAGAAGUCUAAACCUAUGAUUCAAGUUUCUUGGAGAAUGGAUAAUCCAGUUGGUGGUAUUAGAGUUAUUAGAAGAUUUGAAGUUGAAUUAGAACCAUUAGAAUUGAAUAUUGAUCAAAGAUUAGGUGAUAAAGUUAUGAAGUAUGCAUUCCCUGAUGAAAGUCCAUUGUUAUUAAGAAAUACAGUUGAUAAUCCUGAUCAUGAAAAUGUUCAUGAUAAUGUUAAUGGUAACAAUAAUACAAAUGUGAAUGGUAAGAAAGAUGAAUCAAUGAUUGAUGGAGAUGAUUUAGUUGAUGAAAUUGAUGUAAAUAGAGAAAAUUUGGGUGUAUCAAAUGGGAAUAAAACAAAUGGUAAUAAUAAUAAUCCAAACAAUCUCCCAUCAAUUGCAGUUGAUGCAUCAUCAACAUUUAGAUCAGAUUAUAAUGUACCAAAACAAGAACAACAACAAGUUUCACCAAGAAGAUCAUUUUUCAGUUUUAGAUCAAGAGAUGAAGAAAGUUUCCAUAAUAGUCAAAGUAGUCAACAUGGAUCUUCAAUUUUUGAUCCAUCUGCUUUAUCACAUCAAAAUAAUCAUACUUCUACUACAGCUCCACUUAAUGAUGUAUUUGAAGAAAAUGAUGAAGAUGAUGAUGAAUUAGAAGAAAUGGUUAGAAGAGCUUCAAAUUAUUUAAGUAUUGUUUCAUUUAGAUUCAAGAGUUGUUUGGUUAGCAUUACAUAUAGAGGUCAUGGAGCUAAAAGAUUAAUUAAUGUAUCAGAUUUUGCAUUUACAUUACCAGAAAUUAUAUUUACAAAUAAAACAUGGACAUUAUUAGAUUUAACAAUGGCAAUUAAAAAAUUGGUUAUUAAGGCAUUAUUAAGUCAUAGUGGAUCAAUAAUUGGUAAUAAAUUAGUUCAACAUAAAAGGAAACGAGUUGAUGGAUUAAGAGAUAUUGGUGAUUAUGCAUCAUCAAGAAUAAGCUCAUUUAGAUCAAAUUGA